CCAUGUGAGACAAUUACAAUGGUUGAAACAGUACAUACAACUAAGGAUAAUGUUACAUAAGAUAAAUCAAUGUGUUAGUGAGGGUGGUGAUCCCUGCGUAGCUCCCAGGGUGCUCACCAAGCAGUACUCCACGUGAUAGUCAGACCAGCAGACGAUGGCCUUGGAAAAUGAUAUUAAAAAUGCUCCUGACACUGAGAAAGAAGGAAUUACAGCUGUCAAAGAAGAUGGGGAAGAGACGAAGUUGAAAGCCCUCACCAGGAGCGACGAGACGACAGUAAAUGUCAGUGAUUGUGAAACUGGGGAUGGCUAUGAGAAAGCUGAAACAGAGACGCAGGAAAAGAUAAGGGAAAACACAAAUGAUAAAGAAGAGGCCAAAAGCAAAGAUAGCACAAGUGAAGACAAAAGCAAAGAUAGCACAAAUGAAGAUGACAAAAGUAAAGAUAGCACAAGUGAAGAUGACAUAAGCAAAGAACACAACAGUAAGGAUGAGAAGGACAAUGAAGACAAGGAUGGAUCAUUAUCACAAGAAUAUGGGUUUACAGUAAAGAUUCGUCCCCCUACCGGGGAUCACUUUGAAAUCCAGGUGAGCAGCAUGGAACUGGUAUAUGAGAUACAUCAGCUGUUGAUGGAUCGUGAAGAUACCUGUCACCGCACUUGUUUCUCUCUGCACUUAAAUGGCCAAACCCUGGAUAAUUUUGCUGAACUCAAAAAUGUUGAAGGUCUUAAG